GCACGGACUCUGACUCCUGUCGUUGUCGAGGCGUCUCACGACCCCCAGAGGCUCGGCGGAGCUGGACGCGCCGGCCCGUGAGUACUUGUUGCCGCCGUCCACCUCCGCCCGUCCUCUUCUCACGUCCUAGUCGCCGGCCGCCGCGGGUUCCUCGGGCCGAGGGUUGCCUCCCGACGCGGAGGCAACAAGAUGCCUCGAAGAAAGAAAAAAAUUAAAGAAGUCUCUAAUUGUCAGAACUUGGACAAGAAGGAUGCAGAAAGUACCACUACUGUCAGUGUGAAGAAGAAGCGAAGACUUGAAGAUUCAUUCAUUGUCAUAUCUGAUAGUGAUGGUGAGGCCCUGGGGAGGACCUGGAUACACCAUCAACAUCUGUUCCUGCCAGUGUUCAGCCAUCCAAUACUCCAGUUCACUGUUAGCCUUACGGAAACGGUGAUGCAAGUAACACUCUCUUCUUCACAUGAACCAAAGGAGGAGAAUGGACUGCAGAAAAUGAAGACAAAACAAUCGAGCAGAGCAAAGUGUUUGGCUAGAAGAAAAAUUUCACAGAUGACAGAAGAAGAACAGUUUGCUCUAGCUCUCAAAAUGAGUGAGCAGGAGGCUAGGGAGGUGAACAGCCAGGAGGAGAAAGAAGAGGAACUCUUCAGGAAAGCUAUUGCUGAAAGCCUAAAUAGUUGCUGUCCUUCUGCUGCUUCUGCUACCAGAUCUCGACCUCUGGCCACUGGACCAUGUUCACAUUCUCAUCAAGAGGAAACUACAGAUUCUGGGACCACUGAAGGCAUAUUGCAGCUGGUACCUCCACCACUGUUUGAAGGCUCACCUAUCAGUCAGGGAAAUGAGGCUGAAGAAAAAAAGGAGCCCUGGGACUACAAUGAAAACAUUGAAGAGGAGCCAGGAAACUGGGACCAGUCAAACCAGCCACUGUUUGAAAAUGAGAAUGCUAAAUGUUUUGACAGAUGUACUGGUCACUUGGCUGAGCACAAACAGUGUGCAAAGCCACAGGAAAUUACUAGGAGGAGCUGGUCUUUUCUCCAACCUGCCCAGGGUAGCGGAGGGACAUCUAGGCAGUGUCUGUCUACCCCAGCAGAUGCCAAAGGUCUUCAGGAUGUUGGGGGUGCUGUGCACUACUACUGGGGUAUUCCAUUUUGCCCUGCUGGAAUAGAUCCUAACCAGUAUACCAGUGUCAUUCUCUGCCAGUUGGAGGUUUAUCAGAAAAGCUUGAAAAUGGCUCAGAGGCAGCUUUUUAAAAAAAGGAGGUUUGGGGAACCAGUGUUACCUAGUCCUCCUCUGAUCCAGAAUGAAUGUGGCCAAGAAGAUGAGACUAGUGAAAACAAUGAAAGCAUCUCAGAAGAUGUAGGAGAUGAAGACAAAGAAGAUAGGCACGAGACCAGGGAGUCUCUCUGGCACUCACAAAGCAAGGAUCUCCAGGAAAAGCCAGUUAAAAGGUCGAAGCAGAAGCUUAUGUUGGAGGAAGAACCAACAACCAGUCAUGGUCAGUCUUCCCAGGGACUGUUUGUUGAAGAAACUUCUGAAGAAGUGAUGAAGAGUUCUGAGGAAGGAAAUUCUGUGCCUGUCUUACAAAGCAUUGCUGCUUUGACCAGUAAGGGAAGCUUAGUCCUUGUGCCAGAGAAGUCUACAGAAGAAAUCACUGUUUGUCCUGAGACACAGCUAAGUUCCCCUGAAACUCUUGACCUUGAAAGAGAAGACUCUCCACAUGGCAGAGAUUCCUCAGAUGAAGUACAAGUAAUAAUGAGAGAUGAGAUUAAUAACAGAGAAGAUGGUAAGAAAGAAAAUCCUUCUGCCUUCUCAUCUAGUACCCAAGUGUCCUGCCCACUGUGUAACCAAGGCUUCCCACUCACAAAGAUUGAGCAACAUGCCAUGUACUGCAGUGGUCCGACGGAGCAACGAACAGUAUUGACUCAGAGACGAAGAGAGGCCAAGAAGAAAAAUGAUAGCAGGACAGCAGCACAGACGUCCCUGGACUCUGACAAGAAUGAGAAGUGUUACCUCUGUAAGUCCCUCGUCCCACUCAGAGAAUAUCAGUGUCAUGUAGACAACUGUAUCCAGCUUGCCAGGGCUGACCCAGGAGAUGGGCGUGGUAGAGUACAUCCAAGUAUGGAAGGGAAACAGCUGCAACGGAGGAGGAACCCAAAGGAAAAAGGCCACAAUGAAGGCCGACUCCUCAAUCUCUUGGAACAGUCUGAGCACAAGACCACAGGUGCAGAGAUCAAGACCAGGUCUUCAGAAGCAGGAGCUUUCGGGUUACCCUCACCACGAGUGGAAGAGGCAGGCUGCAGCAGAGAAGUGCAGAGUUCCCUUGCACAGCUUGACUUCACUGAGUCUCCCAUCAAGUCUUUUGUUUCCAUUUCAGAAGUUACAGAUUGUUUAGUGGACUUCAAAAAGCAACUUGCUGUCCGGCCAGGUGGCCGGACACGGACCAAAGCUGGCAGAAGAAAAAGGAGAAAAUCCUGAGUUUCUAGGUCUGAAAGUUGAUUAGAACUAUUUGUUUAAAGAGUGGGCAUAUUCAGUAAGCUAUAGUGGCCUUCAGUUCACUGUUGACAAGUUUUGAUUCUGCAAUUUUCACCACCAGCACCAGCUCAGCAUUUUGGUUCUCAUGUUUUAUAUGAUCUAUACAGACAACUGUGUAUAGUAUUCUGUUUUAUAACAGUUUGUUUGAAUUUGCUUAGUGAUAAAAAAAAUUAAAUAUAUUUAUCUA